GACAGCUCAGAUAAUCCCACAGCUCUUUUUGUCCCAAAUAUACUAAUGUGAGAUCAACCCAGACGAAGCUGAGGUAUGUGGAGUACAUCGACCUGCACACAAUGACCGGGUCUUGCAGAGGGCAGCAAUCUCAAGCAGAAGCGCUCACAACGAUCUGGUUCUCCAAGAAAAUAUCGCUCCUCCUGCAGCUCAUUGUAGUGCGGCGUUGGCUCUUUGACGGACAGCUUUUAUAACAAAUAGAAACGCAGUGCUCUCCGGGAGUCCUCCAAUCACCCCAUCAGGGCGGGGUCUUUGGGUCGAAACCAGCGAGAAAGUCCCAAAAAUGACAUCUAGAUUUUGGUGGAGCAGGGAGUGAGCGGGUCUGUGAGUUGAUGAGAGAAGCGAGAGCCGCGGAGGCUCCGUUUCCUGUGUUUGCCAGCGCGCUGCAGCUGGGCUGAGGAAGCCCCGCAGGGCUGACCGACCACCGGUCCUCCUUCCCCGCUUCAAGCCACAAGACAGUCCCUUACGCAGGUCGGUGAAACAAGGAAGGAAAAUGUGCGACCUGAUGCCAGCCUCCCAGCCCGUGGAGAAGAUCGGCAAAAUGAAAAAGUUGAGGAGAACUUUGUCCGAGAGUUUCAGGAGUAUCGCUUUCAAGAAAGAGGACAGCGGCUUUGAUGAGAUAUGUGUCACAAAGAUGUCCACACGAAGCUGCCAGGGAACAGACUCAGUCAUCAAGCCCCUGGAUACCAUCCCUGAGGACAAGAAGGUGAGAGUUCAACGCACGCAGAGCGGCUUCGACCCGUUUGAGAAGCCCGCCAGUCAGGUUAAGAGGGUCCACUCUGAGAACAAUGCCUGCAUCAACGCCAAGAGCUCAUCUGCUGGAAAGGAGUCACCCAGACUCCGCCGGCACUCCAGCCCCAGUUCUCCUACAAGCCCCAAGUUUGGAAAGGCAGACUCCUAUGAAAAGCUGGAGAAACUGGGAGAGGGUUCAUAUGCUACAGUUUAUAAAGGAAAGAGCAAGGUGAAUGGGAAGCUUGUGGCUCUGAAGGUGAUUCGUCUGCAAGAGGAAGAAGGAACACCCUUCACAGCCAUUAGAGAAGCUUCUCUUCUGAAAGGCCUGAAGCACGCCAACAUCGUGCUCCUCCAUGACAUCAUCCAUACCAAGGAAACCCUGACUUUGGUCUUUGAAUAUGUGCACACAGACCUGUGUCAGUACAUAGACAAACACCCUGGGGGUCUCCAUCCAGACAAUGUGAAGCUGUUCCUGUACCAGUUACUGAGAGGCCUGUCCUACAUCCACCAGAGGUACAUCCUUCACCGUGACCUAAAACCACAAAACCUGCUCAUCAGUGAUACUGGAGAGCUCAAACUAGCUGACUUUGGCCUGGCCAGGGCCAAGUCGGUCCCCAGCCAUACUUACUCCAACGAGGUGGUGACCCUGUGGUACCGUCCUCCAGAUGUCCUUCUGGGAUCCACGGACUACUCCACCUGCCUGGACAUGUGGGGAGUGGGCUGCAUUUUCAUUGAGAUGAUCCAAGGAGUGGCUGCCUUUCCUGGGAUGAAGGACAUCCAGGACCAGCUGGAGAGGAUAUUCCUGGUCCUCGGCACCCCAUCUGAAGACACCUGGCCUGGUGUUAAUUCCCUGCCUCACUUUAAAUCAGACCGCUUUACAGUGUAUAGCGCUAAGAAGCUCAGACAAGCGUGGAAUAAGUUGGGCUACGUGGACCAUGCUGAGGAGUUGGCUUCCAGGUUCCUCCAGUGCUUCCCAAAGAACCGGCUGUCAGCCCAGGCAGCGCUGAGCCAUGAAUACUUCAGCAACCUUCCUCCACGGCUCUGGGAGCUGCAGGACAUGUCUUCUAUCUUCACCAUACCAAAUGUCAAGCUGCAGACAGAGAGCGGGGACAGCAUACAGGUGUGUGCACGAAAGAACAGUCAUGGAAAAGCAUCCUGUGGCAGCAAACACUGACCUGAGGCAGCAGCCUGCACAUGUCUGCCUGACAGGUGGCUGGUGCAAAAACAGAUGAAGACAAAGAUACUGAGAUGGAGGAUCCAGGCGAAUGAAAGCACCCUAGUUCUCUUUAUUUAUUACCCUCAUAAUAUGUGUGUGCACGUGUGUGCAUGACAAAGAGUGAGCAGUGAGUAGAUAUGAAUGCAUGUGGGCAUUAUGAACGGUACCUACGAUUUCAGGCUAUCGUUUGCAAAUUUUGUUUACUUUUUAUAAAGGUUCCAAUAACUCAUAUAUCAUUUGUCACAGUAUGAACAAAGGGACUUUACUAUUGGUACAUAUUGUGUUUUGUGUUUGUAACUAGCUUCCUAUUUAAGAAUGUAUAUUUGUAUGUAUGAUAUCUAGAAACUAUAUAGUGGACAAUUUUAGUAUUGCUUCAUCUUCUCACCACUAUACUGCUCCUUCCAAGACACAACACUCAACAAACACAGAGGAGACAUGCAUAUGAGCAAAAGGGCAUCUGUAAAACAAAACCACUGCAGUAAGUUCAAAGAAAAAGUGAAUCCUAAAUGAUAAGUUGUACAUUUCUUUCUAGUUAGGUUAGUUAGGUUCAGCUUUUAUUAGUGGAACCACAGACAACAAUAAUACUAAUGAUGGAGGGUAUAUCGUCUGGUAGCCAUAUUGGAGGUCCUUGGUUCUGUGGUAGCUGAAAACAGCUGAUGCUGUUUUAAAUGUAUAACUCUGCUAACUGCAGCAGUUAAGACAUUGUUAUUAUGCAUCUGCUUUAAAGAUUAAACUUAUUUUUGAUGACUGGUACAUGCACACACUUGGAAUGUUGUCACCUGAUUAAAUGGCCAAUAUCAGUUUAUCAUCAGGAUCAUAGAUGUGGCUUGACUGGGCACUAUUUCACCUCCUAGUCAGCUCAGUUGGCCAUUAUCACAUGCUUGAACUUCACUGUCAAGAUUACAAAAAUAAACAUAAAAUAACAGGUUUCAGCACAAAACUAAUUAAGUUUAAUUUAGGGAAGGAUAAUGGUUUGGGUUAUAAUAAUGACUUACUAAAGUAACAACACUGGCUAUCACUUUGAAACAGGACACAAACACCUGUCUCAUGUUUCUGUCCUGUGUUUUGUUAUUGGGCCUAUUCAACCUCCUCCCUAAACAUACUGCCACUCUUUAUAUGACAUCAUCAGCAGUGACUGUUGCUUCUGUCAUGUUUACUACAGCUGCUAGAGGUCAUCUAAUUAAGACAUAUCCACCCACCCUCUAGCCUACCAUUAGGCACAGUUGUCCCUGUUGAAGCAUAACUAUGGAUGUGAUAACAUAUUAUGGUCAUUUAAUGGGGUAAUAACUUUUGAAUCAGCUGGUACAUGUGACUGAAUUUCUCUUUACAUAAUGUUAGCUUGUUAGCUAACAAUGGUAUUUGUCAGGUAACACCAUAUCGGUAUCAGCAAAUAUGACUUAAAUAUUGAAGUGCAGAUCUAGUAGCAAAUUCUAAACGGUUAGUAGUAGUAGAUGAACAUAGGUAUUUGUCGGCCAUUUCUCAUUCUUUACUUAUUUACCAGCCUGGAGUUGCACAUUUGAAGUUUUGGCCAUCAUUCCUAUCAAAUUAUUUCACUUGUAAAUAGCAUUUCUGAAAUUAAGGGACUGCACUGUAAAAUUGCUGUAUGCGCAGCAAGUAAAAUUUGCAUGAGCAAGUAGCUUAUGGCUUUGUCAAUACAUGGAUGUAUUAAGAUCAAUGUGGUGCUGAAUCAUGCAUUUCUUGGCUGCAUGAACAUCCUUUGGAGACAUUUGCAUGAUGGUUUCUUUUAUACUUAUAUGUAAAACAUGUUUAAUGUUACAUAACUUCUACAUAUAACUGGUUUAAUGUUAUGGUUUUGUCUUCUUCAACCAGUCAGCUUGCAGAUCUGCACAAUGCAUUGCUUCUGUAAUCUACAGUUACCUGUUAACACCACAGGUUCAUACUGUAGGUAUGUUUACAUGUAACUUUGCAGAAAACAAUCCAGCUUUAGGCCUACUUUAACAUAAUUACUAAAGAAACAUAUGUUGAAUGGACAUAAUGAGACCUUGAAUGAAAAAUGUCAGUAAUUAAUAAUUUGUAUCAUGAGUUUGUCAGGGUCAGCGCGUAAAGCUGCCGAUGUUGUCAUGGGGUGAACUUAAUUAUAGAGCCAGACGAGGAUAAGCGAAACACAGUCUCUAAUAAGAGCACUGGUAACAAAACGAUACAGAAAACUACGUAAACUCGAAACACACUCUCAGGUUGAUAAUAUAGUCCAGGGUCAGAGCCAGCAAACUUACACAGCCGAGGAAUCCACAAACGAGAGGUCAGAGAGGGGAGUCCGAUAGUCAAUACACAGAAAAACACGAGCAAGAAACAGAAGGCUAGGCAAAACUCGGUGCUCAAACAGUAAUCCAGGGUCAGAGCUGGAAUCACAGGAACAGGUAAAAUGCUGUAAAGUCUGAACAGGUGUUAGAACAAUCUGUCAGCUUCCCACAGGGGUGACAAGCUGCCUGUAUGUUAUUGUAACCAGGUCUAAUUAAUGAGAAGCAGAACAAUCUGGGUGAUGAGAUAAAGUUCCUGGGAGUCAGGGUGAGCUGGGGACAGGAAGUAGUAUCAAAAUAAAAGCAUGAGACAGGAAGCAGACGGGACAGAAUCAUGACAGUGUUUUUAAAUCAUACAUCAUCUUAAUGUAAAGUCUAUAAAAUUGGCCACAGAUCUCAUGGAAAGAGACACUAGGGUGCAUUUGCAAUUCAAUGUAAUGGAUGAUAAUAAUGAAUAUUUGAAGUGCAAAAUAAGAUAGGACUAACAUGUGAUCAUAAUCUAUAAGAAUGAUGGCCAAAACUGCAAAAGUAAGACACUGGACCCUGCUUAGGAAAGAGAAUUCUUGGUUAAUUUUCCAGUGGACCUCCAUGAUGGAACCAGUUCUGACCAAUAUGACUUUUGUGCUGCAACUGAAAAAUCACUCCACACUAUAAAUGAUCUCUGCUUGAGAUGUUGGUGGUGCACACAUACAUAACAGGGACAGCACCAACCAGCAUGCAUAAGAAUAUAGACACAGUACUGUAACUAACAACAGCUGUAAGUGUGUGUAUCUAAUAGGGAUAUGUGUGUGCUGGUGUGUGAGUGUAUUAAACAUGGGCAAUAGCUAAGCACUGGUGCUUCCAUCCAUGAAUAUGAGCUAAUGUACAACAGGCAAACUACCAAGGCAAUAGGCUGUGUGCCCUAUUAUUUGAUUUGGCCCACGACAAUCCUCCCUCUCAUUUUAUUUGAUAACAUGAGAAGAUCUGCAAUAUUCUAUCAGAAACAGAUGUCAAUAACCGCAACUUCUUGUUCAGUUCAUGUGUCAAAUGUUAAUAAUGGUCUGGAACUUCUCUUCUUUUGCACAUUGGGCGAGUGUAGUACUGAGUGCUUUGCAGUGUGUAGUAUGUGUAAUGUAGGUGGUGAAUAACUGACUAGUCCCUCCACCACCAACAUGUGAUUUCAUGCAGAGACUUCCCCCAUAUGUAUCCUUAUGUAUGCCCCUCAACAUCCUAUUUGUUCUAAAUGUUUUGAUGUAUGAUGUUGUACCAUCUGGAAAGAUUUUUACACAUUUUUUUUUGCCUUUGAUGUUUUGUGUGAAAAUAUCUUAAUAUUACAACUAAGAUGUGUGAUGAUACUGUAAUUGUGAAGUACUAUCACUACAAUGACUUCCUCUUUAUCAGUCAGUUUGACAUAGACUGAAACAAUAAUACUGGCCCUGUACUGUUGAUUAUUCAAAAGGUUGAGGCUACAAAUGUGAUGUUGUGGAGAACUGAAAACAGCAGAUAAUUGCAAUUGCCUUGCUAACACAUUCACACAUACACUUAUAAUAUAAAUGUCUUGCCUGCUAAGAUAAAUUUCCUGCACCCAUUUAGUCCUAUCAGCUACAGUACAGUAUAAACCUGUAGCCCCUCCAUGCCCCCCUUCAGCUGGUAUUUGCUUUGCAAUCUGUCACAUUCGGAGAUGGGUUCUGAUUUUUACAUGUCAUUCUUAAUACAACACUCACAUAAUAUAAUCAUCCCUUUUCUCCAUACCAGCGAUGUGGCGAUACCUUUACAGAGAAAAUACUAAACAGUCAGUACAGUUUGUGCCAACAUGCAUUCCAAAAUAUGCAGAGUCAGCCGUCAGGGUUCAAAGAAUUGAGUUAUUCUCUUCAUUGUGUGUACGUUUAUUGCCAGAUAUUUUCCUCAUGAGCUAGUGGACAAAACCAGAGUGAAAGUGACGAACUAUAUCAGACUUAGACUUAUUAGGUGGCUGGGAUGGAGUGUCUAUGUUGUUCUAUUCUAUAAGAAUAUAGGCACAGUAGUGUAACUGACAACAGCUGUACGUGUGUGUGCCUCUAAUAGGGACGUGUAUGUGCUGGUGUGUGACAAUAAAGCAGGUUGGUGUUUGCUAAGAUACUGGCCUUAAAAACAUGACAAUUUGAUCAAGGCUCAUUGUUGAGUUGUGUUUUCUCUGCCAUCUGUUGGUCAAAAACCACUUAAUUGGACUUUCAUUACACAUAUUACUGAUUUGGGAACAGAUGAGCAUGACAGUAAAAGAAGGCUGAGUUAGCACAGAGAAGGAAUAUCUUUAACAUCCCAAAAUCCCCUCGAUAUGGCACUCAAAGUGCAUUUCCAUCUGUUUUUGUGCUAAUUUUAAAGAAGUGGAAACAAAGUUGGUGAAUAAAUCAUGAUAUAUAUGAAGCAUGUGACUUUAACAUUGCUCAAACUUCCACGCCACUGAA